UAUUUCAAUUUAAAAUGGACGAGAAUUGGGCUACAGGUGCGAAUGCUCAGAAGCCCAUCAAACGGCCUGCCAAUCUCAUAGUAUUAAUAUUAAUUAAUAAAAUAAAUAGGCACUGAAAAGAAAAGAAAAAAGGAAAAUCUAAUAGUUGCAGUGCAGAGGCAGAGCCCCGCCGGCAGGGCCGUUUUCCAUUUUGAAAAUAGACCCACACCACACCCACCAUAUUUCUCAAUGAUUGAGAUCGAUGCUGCUUCCAUUUGAUCUGGAUUCUUCAAUUAUUUUCUGCAUAUCAUUAUGAGAGACGAUGACGUUCUACCCGUAUCCACGCCCACUUCUUCUUCCUCAAUAUAUUUCGUAUCGUCGUCGAGGAAGGACGCUUCCUCGGAUUCCUCCUCCAUCUUCGGCCGCGGCCGCUACAAGUUUUGGGCUUUCUCUGUCAUUCUCAUGCUCGCAUUCUGGUCCAUGCUCACCGGCACCGUCUCUCUCCGCUGGUCCGCCGGAGAUCUCGAUGACAGCUUCACACAAGACUACCACUCCCCCUCUGCCGAUGAUCUAGACGCUCUCGAUAUGGAGGAGAGGGAGAAAAUGGUGAGGCACAUGUGGGAUGUGUACACCAACAGCCAGAGGAUGAAGCUGGCAGGAUUUUGGCAGGAAGCCUUUGUGGCUGCCUAUGAGGAUUUGACGAGUGAGGUACCUGAAGUGAGGGAGGAUGCUAUUUUGGAGAUCGCUAGGAUGUCGGCUCGCUACUUGGAUCUCAUCCCGCCUCCACAAUAUUCUUCGUUGUCAUUGGGGUUACGGAAUUUGAAUAUGAAGGAUAAAAAGCAAACGUAGCAAAUGGCAGCAGCAGGUAAAUUAGAGUUGAAAAUGAAGAGGAAUGAGAGCCUGUAACUUGUUUAUUGAUUGGUAUGCAGUCGCAUGGGAAGGCUGUGUGCGCUGGAGUGGAGAUACUCUACUUCCUUGUUUUGGGAACACAGAUAACUUGUAGUUUUGGUUUUUCUUAUUUAUUUAAACGUUUUCUGAUACCAUGUUUCAAUGUCAUUUCAGGAAAGCUCUCUUAUUCUUUAAUUCA